AUGGAUCGUUCUUUACCCAACAUCCUGGUCACUGGUACUCCCGGUACUGGUAAGACUACGACUAGUGAAAUGAUCGCAGAAGCUACUGGGUUGGAGCAUGUCAAUGUCGGUGACAUUGUAAAAUCAAAGCAAUUGCAUGAAGGAUACCUUGAAGAGUUUGAUACUCAUGUCCUGGAUGAAGACAAGCUUCUGGACGAAUUGGAGGAGAUGCUCAAAGAUGGCGGCAAAGUGGUUGAUUUCCAUACCUGCGAAAUCUUUCCUGAAAGAUGGUUUGAUCUCGUUCUCGUGCUCCGUGCUGAUACAUCCAGUUUAUAUGAUCGUAUGGUGAAAAGAGGAUACAAUAAGCGCAAGAUCGACGAAAAUAUGGAAUGUGAAAUCAUGCAAGUUGUUCUGGAGACAGCACAUGAGUCUUAUGCACCUGAGAUUGUGGUAGAACUUCCUAGCAACACAGUGGAUGACAUGGAGAGCAAUGUGGAUCGAGUCAAACAGUGGCUGGAAGCAUGGAAGGCCAACAAUAGCAAAUAA